GCGGAGACGCCCGGUCACCCUACCAGUUUCUCAUCACUAUGUUGCCAGUCCCCUCUUUGUCGUUUUUCUCCAUUCCUCCUUUUUUUUCGCGGGCGGGCUGCCAAAUCAAGCAGCCUGUCAAGCGAGCGUGUCCGGGAAACGGGUAUACGGUUAUCUCUGGCCGAUAGGCGUUCCCUCCGCGCCACUUGGUGCUGGCGGCGCCGCGACACCAGGGUCUCAGGGGCAGGCGCCAGCCCAGUGCCUAAGCGGUCCAAACACCGGCGGCUUUGUUAUGAAAAGCACGCGUGCUGCUUUUAUGUCGCGAUCAGCUGACUGUCGCGCCGAGUCAGCUUGUCACCGUGCGUCCACGCGACGUCGCCGCCUUGAUAGACGUGGUCGCCCCGCCCGCAUACACGCCCCCCUUCCCACCCUCUUUCCUGUUUCCUGCCGUCGCUAGAUCUGUUCGGCGGGUGGUCCCGCUCUCGGCCGUCCGGGCCUGCACCCCCGCGUCCACGGACGAGGCCGACACCGACCAGACGGACCCGUCCAGCAAGCGCGACAAUGGCUCGGAGCGCUCCACGUCCCCGGAGCUCGGCCGAGGCCGCGCCGUCGUCGUGCAGCAGCUGUUCGAGGCGCCCAAGCUGCACGACCUUGAGUCGCAGUCGGUGGCCCAGAUCAGAGGGGCGCAGACCCUGGCCGAGGCUGAGCUAGAGGCCAAGGUGGCCCAGCUGCAGGCCGAGGUCGCGCGCCUCCAGGACUGCCUACAAAGCUACGCCGAGGCCGACUCGGCCGUCAGGGAGAUCGAGUCUGUGGUGCGCGACGCUCAAGACGCCCUCAGUCUUUCUGAGCCUGGCCUCGCCGCGACCUCUUUCGUCGACCUGGGUGUGCUCGUGAUAGCGGAGACCAACGAGUCGUCUACCCAGACGAGCUGCACGACCUCGGCCACGGUCAGCGGGUCCGCGCCGAGUGGGGUGCGUGCACUGGUGGAGCUGGCCGCCGAGGCCGAGCAGCAGCUUCGGCUGGCCGACGAGCGGCAGCUGAGGUGAGGUCCAGCGGGGCUUCCCCUCCGUCGCUUGCUCGCGCGGCACACGCUGACCGCCCCGGCAUCUGCAGCCGCCUCGGCGAGGAUCUGCAGGCGAGAUGCGACGAAGUCGGCGCGCUCAGCUUGGAGGUGUUGCGCCUGCGGAGCUGCGAGGCCGAGGCACGCCGCCUCGCACUCAGCGUGUUGUGCGGCUUCGAACUCGAGGCGCAGCUGCGCCAGCUGGACGUGGAGCGGCUGCGGCGCCAAUACCUGGAUGAGCUACGCCAGCUGCGGCACCUGGGCGCGGGCGUGGCUGCGGCAGGCGCCGACCGCUGGCGACUGUACGCGCGAAAGCUGGAGCAGUACUGCAUGCACGUGUUGUGGUCACCGCAGGUCAGGUUGCGCGCAUGCAGUCACAUACCACUGCUAUCGCUCCUGAUGCUUGCAGCUACGUCGCCAUUAGCCUCGCCCAGGUGUUGAGGGGAGUCGUGGCAUGGCACUGUCUGGGCGCCACUUAUCGUAUGCAAUUUGUCUCGUUUUGCAGGGCAAACUGCAGGGGGUCCUAGAGGAAAACCAGCAGCUGCGGGAUCAGCUGGAACAGCUGCGAUCCCACAACGCCUCGCUCGCCUUGCAGUUGCAGGAGCAGUAUGAUGAAUCAGCUCGCUGCCUAGCCGACAUCUCAUCCUCUCUGUCGACCGAAGCAAACAUCGAUGGUCGGUGGACCUCUCUUUUGGUCGCCAUCUUUUGCCGUCUGGGUGUCACACUUAACAUUUGCCUUAUCCUAUUUCUAUUUCGAGUUUCAGGGGUGGUGUCUAGGCGGGGCCCACUUGCGCCUCGAGGGUCCCUGGAAGAAGACGAGAAGCAGCCGUCGCUGGUGACGCCACCGCGUGGCCCAGGGGUCCAUGGCCACGCCCUCCACGGCCACGGCCGGGUAAGCCGGGCGAGUAGCUGCGGCAGCAGCAGCGGCGGCAGCAGCAGGGGCGUCGUGGGGAGGCCGCCGCGGCUUGACCAGCACCACGGUGUCCACCUCCCCUACCACCGACGCCAACGCGCCGCCUCCCCGGACGCGGUCGCCCCGGGGCCCUGGGACUACAGUGACCACGCCGACCUCUGCGACUCGGGCUUCUGGAGUCUGCAGGCGUCACCGCCCCGCUCGUCCUCGGUGCUGGCUGCGGCGCUGAGCCCAGCCUCGGCCGCCUCGCACACCGCCCCCAGCACACCCACCCCUGCCCGACUGUGCUGGCUGGGCCGCUCCGCCAGCCCCGCCGCCCCCGAGACUCUCAUCUCGCCGCCCCCCGGCCCCGGCGGCACGUUUAUCCUGAGCACGCGGAGGCCGCGGCCCUCGAGGCACUGAGCGGCGACGAGCUGCUCUUCGGAGCCUGUGUUCGAUGACGGCCAUGAUGUUCGGAUUCAUCAUGAGACUGGAAAGAAGCCAGUGUUCGGCAUCCAAUUAAACUUCGGGCCCCACAUCAAUGAGACGGUCAACUCGAAACGUAUAUCCAGUGGCAUUUUCCACUUAGUUCGUUCACCCCCUGACCGUGAUGUGAUAUGCAAUUUAUACACGAUCUCUGAUACCUACCAUUAAUUAUUAUCACGACUCCAUGUCUUUGUUAAGUAUUGUGCUUUGCCGUAUGUCACUGACAGUGUAGAGCGAUGCGUCACACCUUUCCUCCGGAGUCUGCAUUCCGUUUGCUCUACACGCAGGGGAAUCCCUACCCCACCCUUAACGCAUUUCUUGCGCAUUUCGCGCCGUUGACGUCGUCUCCGACUAAUAGUACAAGUGUUGUUAUAUUAAUAAUUAUUA